UUUACGCACACACUUUACCUAAUCCUCAAAUUCCUCAGCGUCUCACUCUCUGCCCUUCUCUUCUCCCUCAAUCAUACGUAUAAAGGGGCAACUGAUAUUUAAGCUAUUCUUGGUGGUUGUAUUGCUCUGAUUAAGAGCUGUUGUCUCUCUGAUAAAAGGCCAAGAGUCUUUGAUACAUCUGUCCUCUGUAAAGCAGUAAAGUUUCAUGUCUGAACUCGACAUCCAGACUCCAACAACUUUUGAUCCUUUUGCCGAUGCAACUGCUGAUGAUUCAGGUGCUGGCGCAAAGGAGUAUGUCCAUGUGCGGGUACAGCAGCGCAAUGGAAGGAAAAGCCUGACAACUGUGCAAGGGUUGAGGAAGGAAUACAGUUACAAUAAGAUACUGAAAGAUCUCAAGAAAGACUUCUGUUGUAAUGGUACUGUUGUCCAAGACCCUGAGCUGGGCAAGGUGAUUCAACUUCAAGGUGAUCAAAGGAAGAACGUCUCUGCCUUCCUUGUCCAGGCUGGUAUUGUGAAGAAGGAGAACAUCAAGAUUCAUGGCUUUUGAGCAACAGCAGAUGAAUCUUGUCUAGCUUCAGACCUCGGACUUGCAUCAGUUACUGCAGUACCCCUUCUGAACGUUAUAGUAUGUUCUAUUAUGCAAAACUGUGAUGCUAUAGGUGUGUUUUUAAACAAGCUUGGCAAUUACAUUUAGCCGUGCAAUUUACUCUGUUUCAUUGGUUAAAGGAUUAGGUUUCCUGUUGUGGCAACCAUCUUUUAUGUGCAAUGGUAUUCAUCACUGUUCCACCAGUGCCUA